AUGCGUGCCUUCACCGUCGCUGCUGCUCUCCUGGUUGCCGGAGUCCAGGCUGCCCCUGCUCUCGAGAGCCGUCAGAUCAUCUACGGAUGCUACUUCUCCGGAGAUGGCGUUGUCAACCAAUACGUCAGCGUUGGCCACGACAUCGAUGUGACCGGCACCAGUGGCAAGAGCUACCACAUUGACUGCGGCACCACUUCGGGACAAAUCGUCCCUAACGUCUUCGCCAAGUGCACUGUGGACGGAAAGCAGCCGGCUGGCAUCACCGCUAACGAGUCUGACAAGAACGCAAUCAAUUGCCCCAUUUCCUAG